GAAGAAGAAAAGUCAUGUGACGAUGCUUGUGCGAAAAUGACAGCUGGCUUGAAAACAUCUGCGCCGUCGACUGUGUAUUUAUGUAGUAUUUUAUUUGUUUUAUUUAAGACGUAUGUUGGCAGUCAGGAUACUGAUGCACAGUUAUGUCAAAUGUGCGAAGGAACUGUGCGACAAGACAGCCCUGUGUGGGAUUUCUGCCUAACAAAAGGUCAUAUUAAGGAUCACUGCUGUUUUGGAAAUAUCAGCAAUGUAGACACUAUUAUAGGGUUGGACCUCGCAAAUUGUUCUAUCAGACAUGUAGAGCACCUUUAUGAUGCAUCCACAGCAAUGAUAAUAGAUCUCUCCAACAACCCAAUCUUCAAUCUGAGUGAUUUGAUUUUUCAGGGUUUUAGCCAUCUUAAUGAACUUAUACUACCCUCAAAACUGGAGUGUCCAGGGAGCAGUGCAGCAUGGGAGAAGGUAGAGGUCAAACAUAAUGUCAGAGUCUGUGAAGGACAGAAAAAUGUUUGCAAUCAGACACAACAAAUCUCCUGGAAUUGCCCUGAAAACUCAUUUUGCAGGCCAUAUGGACCAGGGUUUUUUGAGUGUUCCUGUCUCUAUAAUUUCUACGGAUACAAGUGCAUGAGACAGGGAGUGUUUCCCACAACUAUGGUGCUUGGGAUACUCACUGGGUGCACAGUUGUGGUUUCCUCUUUACUGUGGUUCACACAAAGACGAAAGACCAACUCCACUUGAGUUUUAAUGAGAAGUGACUGGUGGGAUGACAAUAGAAUGGAGUACAAAUAGACAUCUCUCAGGAUGCAUCAAUAAUGAUGCAAGAGAUGACCUAUCAGUUUCAUUUACUUUAAGGUUAACCAUCUGUAGAACAAUUAAUUUCCUUGUUCUUCAAACCUUCUAAAAGUGGGUUUCUGUGGUAUUUUUAAUUUAGCAACAUAUGAGCUUUGAGCACAUAGAAAGUUUGAUUUGAAAAAGUUAACGCUACAAAUCUUAGAGGUCUUUAAAAAAAAAAUUAUUUAUGCACUUUUGUAAGAUCUUUAUUUUAUUUUGCACAGCCUUGAAGAGGCUGGUUUGAAAAGGGAAAACUGACCACUGACUGACCUCUUUGAUCAUCUUUGGAGGGCACCCACAUUUCUGACAGCAGUUUUGAAUUUAUCUCUAAACAUUUCUAAGUGUAGCAAUGAGAACAUUUUUUUUGAACAAUGAUUACUAAAUAUCUUUACUGUUUUACAUAUUUUGUGUUAAGGCAAAAGUGUUAUAAUUUUAAAGACAAUUCUAAUGUUUACCUAUCAAGUGUUCUUGACAUGUAAAAAACUAGGACCAUGUGGCUUACAGGAGAUAAUGAGCGGUGUGGGAUUGUUAAUAUUUGUGAAAUAUGUAAAUUGUAUUACUGCCAAAUCCUGCUUGUUUACAGCUGUCAUAGUUAUUAGAUUAUUACUGUCUGCUGUUUAUGAUCAUUCAACCUCCUCAAUCUUUAGGAUUUCCCUUUUUGCAAUUGUAUUCAACUAAAUAGAGGGGCUCACCUACUACACCACUAGAACAAUACUGACAUUUUCAAGUUACAUUAUGUGAAUCUCAGUUUCUGUAGCUGUCUGUAAUGUAGCAUUGUGGUAGGGAAAUCAGCAGGACACUAUACUUUGGCAACCUUGUACUUGAAAUAGAUUUGUUUGACAAAUGCCUUGUUCUGUUUUAUCUAAACCAUAUAUUUUCCCAUAGCUCUUCCAGGGUUUUGGUAAUAUUAUAAACAGAACUCCUUAUGCAACAUAUUCAGCUUUUGAUUGGUCUUCUAUACAUUUGCACCUGGACUAUAUCACACGCAGAACACCUCUUUUCCCCUUUUCACAUCAAUGAAAGGACAGACAACAGCAACUGUCUAAAAAGGAAAAUGGAUGUUUCUAACACUGUUUCUGCAUAUGCACCGAUACUCAUGAUGG